AUGGCUGAAACUCUGGCUCACUUAGCUACACAUUAUCUCGACAAAAUAGGCUGGGGGAAAUACCAAAGCUAUGUUUUUAAGCAGUGUUUUUUGGUAAUUUUAAUAUCAGUCAUACAUGAAUUUUCAAUAUCUCACUAUGUCAAUAGGAUAUUAUGGGUCUGACCUUGAAAAAGAAUGGGGAAUUUCAAAUAAAGAAAAAGGCUUGAUGGGAACAAUGUUCCAGCUGGGCUGCUUUAUGGGCUCUUAUUUACUAGGUAUUUCUUCAGAUCACAAAGGUCGUUCUUACACAUUGAAACGAUCUUCUUUAUUUUUAAUGAUUUCUUGCUUUAUUGUUAUUUUCUCAACAAAUUAUAUCACAAUUUUGACUGCUUUAUUUCUGAUUGGGAUUGGAGGGAUUGGCGAAAUGGUUGUUCCUUUGGUAAUUUUUAAAGAAUUUUGCCCUACACAAAAAUUGAACAAAAUGACAAGGCUAAAUUUAGGAUUUCCUAUAGGCGGGGUUAUUUUCUGCCUACUUGCAAUUUGAAUAGAGUUUAUUGACACUCCAAAUAUUCACAAUUGGAAAUUUAUGUCAAUUAUCCUAUUUUUUCACUGUUUAGUAAGAUGUAAUUAAUUUUUAAUCCAUUUUUCCUCGGUAGAAAUUUGUCGAAAUUAAGGAGUAAUAUUUGACUAUUAAAAGAUUCCGGAAAAAUGCUGCUGGGAAAGUGUGUGGCUGUCAAAAAGUGCAGAGCAAUUGUAUAUAGCCAUUUACUCCCCUCUUUAAAUUGAAAAAAUACCCGUUACAAUUUAUAGGAGGGCUUAAUUUGUUUUUAAAAAAAUAUUAUAUUAAAAAUUGAAUAUAAUACUUUGAAUUUUAAUUUAUUUUAUGAAUUAAUUUUGAAAAAUUAAUCUAUUCAUUUUGAAAACAGUUUAAAUAAUAUUCUGCUUAUACUUUUUCUAUUGAAUUAGAUCAUAAAAAUUAGCUUUACCUAUAGGAAAAAUAAUUUGUUCCAAUUUAAAGGCAGUUUAAAGGACCCAAAAAUUAAAAUUUUAGUGAUGCUAUAUUCAAAUUUAAAGGGGGGAUAGUCACUUGAAUUCUAAAAAUUGAUAUGGACGAGUCUCCUGGGUAUUUAAUUGUUCAUAGACACACUAGUAAAGCUGAAGAAAUUUUGAAUAAAGUGAAAAGAAUAAAUGGGAAUACUGAUGAAUUGAUACAAAUAAAUUUGCAAAACGAAGAAGAAGUUAGUGUAAAUGUAGCUGAUCAUAAAACACAGAGCAGGAUAAAAAAAAUAUUUUCCAAGGAAUAUAUUAAAACUACAUUACUGCUAUUAGUCAUAUAUUUUGCUAUGCUUUUUGGGACAUUUAGUAUAGUUUUAUUUAUGCCAACAUAUCUUAAGUCUCCCCUUAGUUAACGAGCAAAAAUUUUUUACAAUAGAUUAAUAUAACUUCCCCCCUCCGCGAGCGAACAAAACCAUUGAAAAAAUCCCUAUUUUUCCAAAAAAACCACCCUCGGUGAGCGAACAAAAUAUUUUUAAAUUAGUAUAAUGAAAUAUCUAGCUAAUUCUAUUUAAUUUUACACACAAAUUAUAUUUCAAAGUGUAAAUGCUAUUAAUUAAAUCGAUAUUUGCUUUCAACUUUUUUCGAGUUCGGAUUUUGUUAAAUUUUGAAAAAAAAAUUUCCAUAAUUUGUUUUAAAAAUAUUAAUCCCUUCUGUCAGUGAACAAAAUUGUUUUGCUCGCUCACUGAUCGGGGAGGGAGUAAGAUCUUUAGCUAAUUAUAUAUUUUUAAGUAGCUUGCAUCUUAUAAAACAUAUAUUUUAAAUAUUAAAUAAGUAUUUAUUUCAAAGAUUUACAAAUUUUGAUAAUUACUUUAUAUAAAAAAUUAAUCUUGGUAAGGAAACAGAAAAAUUUUGCUUGUUCAGCAAGAUCGAGUAAGCAGUUUUCAAUUAUUCCUAGGUGAAUUAUAAUUGCUAUUCAAAACAUGGCUGGGAUCCCCUGCCUAUAUGUAGCUCCUUUUUGUGUCAAUUCAAAAUUAUACUGUAAUGAACUGAAUAUUCUCACACUUAUAUAGUACACUCUCUUAGUUUAAUAAUGCCAAAUAUAAUCAAAUUCCUAAUAGGAAGAAAAUACACAAUGAUUAUUGGCCAAAUUAUUUCUUGUGUAACCAUUAUUUUCUUUGCUUUUAUAACAGAAACAAUUCUUGUAUAUUUUAUAUAGAUUAUUAUCGCCACUUCUAUUAUGUUUGGUAUUGGAUUCCUUACAUACGCUGCUUUAUUUUUAAUAGCAGCAGAAAGCUACCCAACUGAGGUCAGAAAUACAGCUCAAGGUCUAUUCUUUGCAGCUUCUCGGGUUGGGUCUGUUUCUGCACCUUUUAUAGGAGGUGUAAUUCUUGACUGGAAAAACGGCCAAGAAAUAUCAUUAGUCCUAUUUGGGCUAUUUUUUCUGGUUUCAGCAGCAUGCUCUCUCUAUUUAAAAGAAACAAGAAAAGAAAAUGAAAAAGAAGUUUUAAUUGUGAUAGAGGAAUAA